AUGACUUCCCAGGCUAUAACACCUAGUCAUGGUUUAUACCGAGAAGCUUUACCAAAGGGAUGUAUUGUUUUUUCAUCCUCUGAAGGCAGGGCGAUAUUCAGGGAGGCCCUUGAGGCUGGCCAUAUGAGAUGUUAUUUCAAAAUGGCGGAACAAUUUAGUACCCAAACAGAGCUAACCUUUUGUGGCCUUACAACUCUUGUUAUGAUCCUGAAUGCUUUGAAGGUCGACCCAGGAAAAACCUGGAAGAAACCCUGGAGGUGGUAUGACGACAACAUGUUGUAUAACUGUGUAUCGAUGCCAAUGAUAAAAGAAAUAGGCAUAAGUUUUGACCAGUUUGUAUCUCUUGUCAUGCUUAAUUCACUUAUUAUCAAAUCUGAAAGAGUUGACGAACUCGCAUCCAUAGAAACGUUUCGAGAUCACGUGACAAGGCUGAGUAGACAAGAUGACCACUUCAUCGCGUUAUCCUAUAGCAGAAAGAGUCUCGGUCAGACUGGAGAUGGUCACUUCUCCCCUGUUGGAGGUUAUCAUCCAGACAGAGACCUUGUGUUGGUGAUGGACACAGCUCGGUUUAAGUACCCUCCACAUUGGGUUCCUCUCACCGCUAUUUGGGAAGCCAUGAAACCUGUCGACGAAACCACAGGUAAAUCAUUUCAAACAGAAAUACGUAUUAAACGAACGCAAUAUUUUAAGUGA